UUUUGCUAAAUCCACUCCGCUAGCUUUUCCCUCAAGAUCAACUCGAACGCUCGCUCACUUUCCAUCGCCCAUUCACUUCACCUCUCUCUCAUGGCCUCCUCCUCCGCCUUCAACCUCCUCCUCCUCGCCUCCCUCCUCCUCCUCCACUCCCUCUUCGCCGCUCGCCACCUCGUGCGAGCCCAGGCGGCGGCGGCGGCCGACGAGGCGAGCCUGAAGCUGAUGACGUCCGACCCGACAAUGGAGUGGCCGGGCGCGAUCUCUCUGUACGACGGCUUCUCUGCCGGCGACGGCGAGGGCGAGGGCGAGGGCGAGGAGGUGGAGGGAGAGGGGGGCCGCCGGUCCCUGUUCUGGCACACCAUAAUGAGGUACUACAUAUCGUACGGGGCGCUGUCGGCGAACAGAGUCCCCUGCCCUCCCCGGUCGGGGAGGUCGUACUACACCCACAACUGCUUCAAGGCCAUAGGGCCCGUCCACCCGUACAGCCGAGGCUGCUCCAUAAUCACCCGUUGCCGGCGGUGAAGAAGAUGGUCCGGUUGUGGCCGACACUGUGUUCUUUUUUCAUUUGGGUGUUCUGCAUUCACGUAGUUGUGUGGAUGCUCUGUUUCUGAUCUCGCCGGAGAAGAAGUCGCCAGCUGUUCUUGCUGUCGUCUGUGCUCCGGCGGAUCGUUGCUGCGGAAAAUGUGUGUAAAUCUGUGUUGUGUCGGGGGACUCGAGAUCUACUUUAGAGCUGUAUUUCAACCUGAGUUGAGAAGCAUAUGAUAUCGAUGCAUGAAGAACUUUAUGAGAUUUAAUAUAAUGUGAUUUGACAAAA